GCUCUGCCCCGCGAACUGAGAUAUUAAUCGUUAGGGCUGCGCAGUAAAAGGAACAGAGAAUAAGAAUUUCAACCUAUCAGAAAUUAUAUAUUGUGGAAUAAACACGCCGUAGCCUCCACAUCUGCAAGCUGCAAGCGGGACGCGGGUUAGAAAUCGUAUCACUGCAAUGGAGCUAGAUCAGGAAAUCGAUCAAGGUGGACUUCGCGUUGACGGCAGACGAGCAUUGGAAUUGAGGCAAAUCCGUAUACGGAUGGGAGUAUUUGGGCAGGCCGAUGGCAGUGCAUACAUAGAGCAUGGCAACACAAAGGUUUUAGCAGCAGUGUACGGUCCUCGUCAGUCAAGGAGUAGUGCAUCAAGGAACAGUACAAAGGCUAUCAUAAAUUGUCAGUACAGCAUGGCUGUAUUUAGUUUUACUUCUGGCGAACGAAAGCGAAGACCGAGAGGAGAUUGGAAAUCGCAAGAGAGGUCAGCACAAUUACGCCAUGCCAUGGAAGCUAUAAUACACUUGAAACUGUAUCCACGCUCUCAGAUUGAUGUCUUCGUAGAAGUUUUACAGGUUGAUGGCAGUGAUUAUUGUGCAUCCGUAAAUGCUGCAACGCUUGCGUUAAUUGAUGCAGGAAUUCCAAUCAAGAACUAUGCCAUUGGCUGUAGCAUAACUCUCGUUAACAAACCGUUGGUAGAAGAUAAAACUUCAGUCACAGGAGUAUUAGAUGCUAACUAUGUAGAGGAAUGUUCGCCAGGAGUUACCUUGUCUGUUGUUGCAUUAUCAGAAAUGAAUAAUGAUGUUGAAGUAGAUGGGAAUGGUUUGAUAGUAGUAGCGCACGGAGCAGGUCAAAGAUUACAUUUGUCAUGUUUGGAAGCACUCAAGCAACGUGCGUUAAAAGGUUGCCAGGAUGUAAAGAAUAUAUUGGACCAUGGCGUAAGGCAUCAUCUAACUGCAAAUCUGUUGCCUUCAUUUUUGCACAAUUCACUUGACUAAGAAAAAACGGAACGCUUAUAUUU